AUGGGUAACGCAGAGAGCAUGGAGAGCCAGCUGGCUGUGAUCCGGUCUAGAGCUGCACCGGUUCGACUUCCAAUGCCCGACCCGGCCGAGCUGGAGGAGAGGUUCUCCAUCGCACUGAAUUCAAUGAACUUGCCUCCUGAUAAGGUCCGUUUGCUGCGUUCCUAUGACAAUGAGAAGAAGUGGGAGCUGAUCUGUGAUCAGGAGAGGUUUCAGGUGAAGAACCCUCCACACACCUAUAUCCAGAAACUGAGAGGCUUCCUUGACCCAGCCGUCACACGCAAGAAGUUCAGAAGAAGAGUUCAGGAGUCGACUCAGACACUCAGAGAGCUUGAGAUUUCUCUUCGUACAAACCACAUUGGGUGGGUCAGAGAGUUCCUGAAUGAGGAGAAUCGAGGUCUGGAUGUUCUGGUCGAGUAUCUUUCCUUUGCUCAGUACGCCGUCACGUUUGAUGGAGAGCAGUCAGAGGCUGGAGGCGAGGUCUCAUCCAUCGACUCUCCCUGGAGUCGGUCCAUAGAAGAUCUCCAUGGUGACUGCAGCCUCCCCUCCCCAUCCUCCUCUGUCCCCCGAGCAGCUCGACACUCCAUCAGUUCAACUCUGGUGACUCGCUCCAACACGCUGCCGAGUCGUAGAACUCUGAAGAACUCACGACUCGUCUGUAAGAAAGACGAUGUACAUGUUUGUAUCAUGUGUCUGAGAGCCAUCAUGAACUACCAGUACGGUUUCAACAUGGUGAUGUCUCACCCCCAUGCUGUCAACGAAAUCGCCCUCAGCCUCAACAACAGGAACCCCAGGACUAAGGCUCUGGUGUUGGAGUUGUUAGCGGCGGUGUGUUUGGUCAGAGGAGGACAUGAGAUCAUCCUGUCAGCCUUCGACAACUUCAAAACUGUGUGUUCAGAGUCGAUGCGUUUUGAGAAGUUAAUGGAACAUUUUAAGAACGAAGACGACAAUAUUGACUUCUUGGUGGCCUGUAUGCAGUUCAUUAACAUCGUGGUUCAUUCAGUGGAGGACAUGAACUUCAGAGUCCAUCUGCAGUACGACUUCACCAAACUCAACCUGGACGAACACCUGGAGAGGCUGAAGCACACAGAGAGCGACAGGCUGCAGGUUCAGAUUCAGGCAUAUCUCGACAAUGUCUUCGACGUUGGCACGCUGCUGGAGGACGCCGAAACCAAAACUGCUGCUCUGGAGAGAGUCGAGGAGCUGGAGGAGAGCCUCGGCACGAUGUCAGAGCGUUUGUUGGACGUGGAGAACGAAGCGAUGUUGAAGAUCGUUGAGCUCGAGAAGCAACUGAUGCAAACCAACAAGGAGCUGGACCAACUCCGGGAGGUGUAUGCGAGUGCCAACUCUCAAGUGCACACCUUGCGGCGGAUGGUUCGAGAAAAGGACCAGACAAUCCGGCGUCAGAGUCGUCUCGAGCGUCAGGCUCAGGAGGCCCAGCAGGCCGGAGGACCUGGAGCUCCUCAACCACAGAGGGGAGAGGGGGAUGGGGGCGUGGCAGACUCUGCCUCACCCUCACCUCCACCCUGUCCUAACCUGUCCCCCAGCCCUGAGACCGUAGCCUAUCACAGCAUGGGACCAGGGAUGGGUGGAGCUCCAGGCAUGCCGGCCCCACCACCCCCUCCUCCUCCACCACCAAUGCCAGGCACAGUGUCCAACGGGCCGUACCCUGCACCUCCUCCCCCUGCUCCUCCUCCUCCCCCUCCUCCGCCCCCGCCCCCUUGUCGGACCAGCGAGCUCUCCACCUCCGUCCCCAUGCCCCCUCCUCCUCCCCCUGUGGCACCCCCUCUCCCGGGGUCAGGGGGGUCACCUACAGUUAUCUUUAACUCCGGACUCGCAGCGGUGAAGAUAAAGAAGCCAAUCCAGACCAAGUUCAGGAUGCCAGUGUUGAACUGGGUCGCUCUGAAACCGAGUCAGAUUAAUGGGACCGUCUUCAAUGACAUCGAUGAUGAGGCCAUCCUUCAGGACCUGGACGUGGAGGAGUUUGAGGAGCUCUUUAAAACAAAGGCUCAGGGUCCAGCAGUGGACUUGACUGUGUCCAGACAAAAACUUCCUCAGAAAGCGCCGUCCAAAGUUUCUCUGCUAGAGGCCAACAGAGCCAAAAACCUGGCCAUCACCCUGAGGAAGGCCGGCCAAGGGUCAGAGGUCAUCUGCCGAGCCAUCCACACGUUUGACCUGCGGACGGUCCGGGUCGACUUUGUGGAGUGUCUGAUGCGUUUCCUGCCAACGGAGGCUGAGGUGAAGCUGCUGCGGCAAUACGAAAGGGACAGAAAACCGCUCGAGGCUCUGAGUGACGAAGACCGUUUCAUGAUGCAGUUCAGUCGCAUCGAAAGACUCAGUCAGCGCAUGUCGAUCAUGACUUUCAUGGGCAACUUCACCGACAACAUCCAGAUGUUAACUCCGCAACUCCACGCCAUCAUUGCUGCUUCAGUUUCUAUAAAAUCGUCUCAGAAGCUCAAGAAGAUCCUUGAGAUCAUCUUGGCUCUGGGAAACUACAUGAACAGCAGUAAGAGAGGAGCUGUUUAUGGAUUCAAACUACAGAGUUUGGACCUGCUCCUAGAGACGAAGUCGACCGACAGGAAACAGACGUUGCUUCAUUACAUCGCCAACGUGGUGAGAGAGAAAUAUCCCGCAGUGUCUCUGUUUUAUAACGAGCUUCACUACGUUGACAAGGCUGCUGCAGUGAGUCUGGAGAACGUCCUGUGUGAUGUGAAGGAGCUGCAGCGUGGCAUGGAGCUCACCUGGAGAGAGUUCAGUGUUCAACACAACGCAACGCUCAAGGACUUCAUCAGCAGGAACGAAUCGCGACUCAGCAAACUGCAGGAGGACGCACACAUCGCACAGGAUGCGUUUGAAGAUGUGGUGAAGUUUUUCGGAGAGAGCUCCAAGACGAUGCCGCCAUCGGUCUUCUUUCCCAUCUUUGUUCGCUUCAUUAAAGCGUACAGGCUGGCGGAGGAGGAGAACGAGCAGAAGAGGCGUCAGGAGCAGAUGUUGUUGGAGAAACUGGAGCAGGAGGAGCAGCAGCAGCAGGAGGAGGAGACAAAGUCUCCGUCCCACAGGGGGAAGCGGCAGCAGCAGGAGUUGAUCACUGAGCUGAGACGACGACAGGGAAAAGACAGCCGCCAUGUUUACGAAGGGAAGGACGGAGCUAUAGAGGACAUCAUCACAGCUCUAAAGACCGUCCCCUUCACGGCUCGAUCAGCCAAACGCAGCUCUCGCUUUUUCUGCGACCCCGCCCACACUGAGGAGCACUACUGAGAGAGAGUGCGAGAGACCAUACAUUUUAUGUGAUCAUGUCUGAAGACGAUGUCUUCUUCGGCCAGCCAAGCCCACUUCUGAUUGAUGGGACCAAUUAGCACUUUGAACAUUUCUGAUUGAUCGAUAUGAGCUGAUGACAUUGUUAUUUGUAUGUUAUUUUAUUGAUCAGUUUGUUCACAGACUGGGUGCCCAGACACCACCUGACCUCUGACCUUUGGGUUUUUGUUUUCACAUCUGCUGCACAUUCUUUGGCCUGUUGGCUGUGUCACUAAACUCCAUUCAAAAAUUUGGCAACUGAAAGUAUCUUGACUGGUAAAAGUCAACAGGUGAUGGAGCAGUAUGUUCUACAAACACAAAACUCGUCCGUUCUGAUCUGGUGCAAACAGAUACAAAAUGACAACAGCAAGCUGAUCUGGAGUCUGUCUGGUUAAACUGAGAUUGAACAAUCUCAAAACGAGAAACACUCCGCAGCUGUUCUUGAGCUUUUCACCGCAUCACACAAUCUUCCUCAGCCGACCUCCAUGAUAAUGGGGGAACUCCAUCUACUGAGGAAGAUCAUGUGGUGUGACUGAAAGUCUGGUUAGAGUUUAGUUCCACUCAAGCUACCUGAAACUGGUUCAAAGAUCAAGUAGUUCCAGACUCCAAAACAAUCUAAUCUACAAAUGAUUGAAAAACUACAGAAACUUUUUCCUUGACCAAAGUGGAAAAGACCCUGAGGUCGAGGAAAGAUGUCAAGGAGAAUCUGUACACUUUCCUAAAAGAAGAGAAACUUGAUGUUAGUGUCCAAACCGUGCCUCUUUUUUUUUUUUUUUUUUUUUAAAUAACCGUGGGCUGGUUAAAGUUCUCUCUGGAGUUUUUCAACACAGGUCGUGCUGUAGAGCAGCAUUCUGAUGAGAUCGUAUUAGUUGAGACGGACACACAUACAGGCCUUUUUAAGGAACAUAUGACGACGGUUGAUAAUAACUAAAAGUCACAGCUAAAUCGGAUCACAUGAAGAUUGAAAACUUUAUAGAAAAGUACUGGGUCACUUUUUUUAAUAAAACGUAAAAAGGCAAAAGUU